AUGGCAACAUCCAUGGAUUCGAUCAGUUGUUCGAUCUGCCUGGAUCCACUGAAGGAUCCUGUGGCUAUUCCCUGUGGACACAGCUACUGUAUGGGUUGUAUUAAGGAUUACUGGGAUCAGGAUUACCAGAAGGGUGUCUACAGCUGCCCGCAGUGCAGACAGACUUUCAUUCCAAGGCCUGUUCUAAACACAAACACUCUGCUGGCUGAAUUGGUGGAGAGUCUAAAGAAGACAGGACUUCAAGCUGCUCCUCUUGCUCACUGUUAUGCUGGACCUGGAGAUGUGGAGUGUGACGUCUGCACUGGGAGAAAACUCAAAGCCGUCAAGUCCUGUCUGGAGUGUCUGGCCUCUUACUGUGAGACUCACCUUCAACCUCACUACGAAUCUCCUACAUUUAAGAAGCACAAGCUGGUCAAAGCCUCCACACGACUACAGGAGAAGAUUUGCUCUCGUCAUGACAAGCUGCUGGAAAUGUACUGCCGUACCGAUCAGCAAAUUAUCUGUUACCUCUGUAUGAUAGGCGAUCAUAAAGGCCACGAUACAGUGUCAGCUGAAUCAGAAAGGGCUGAGAGACAGAAGGGGGAGAAACAGAGAAUCCAGGAGAUAGAGAAAGAGAUGCAGGAGGUGAGACGUUCUGUGAAGUCACUGAAGCGGUCUGCACAGGCAGCAGUAGAGGAGAGUGAGAAGAUCUUUUCUGAGCUAAUCUGCACCUUUGAGAGAAGGUGUUCUGAGGUGAAGGAGCUGAUCAAAGCCCAGGAGAAGGCAGCAGUGAGUCAGGCUGAAGGACUUCUGAAGCAACUGGAGCAGGAGAUCGCCAAGCUGAGGAGGAGAGACGCUGAGCUGGAGCAGCUUUCACACACAGAGGAUCACAUUCAUUUCCUCCAGACUUUGCAGUCCCUCUGCAUCCCUCCUGGAUCUGAGGCCUUACUGAGCAUCACUGUCAACCAACAUGUCUCUUUUGAGGAUGUGAAGAAAUCAGUGUCUGAGCUGAAAAAUCAAAUAGAAGUUAUCUGCUCUGGGGAAAUUGCCUUGAUCUCUGCAAAAAUUCCCUGCAGCUAA